AUAAUGGUAUCAUAUCCCAGGAGUCUAGUAGAUGUAAAUCUGUAUAAUUAAUGUGGAGCUUGUGUGUGGCAUGGCAGUGUAAAAGAGAGCUCUUCACAGAAUUGUAAUCUGUUCUACUCAAGAUAGAAAACCAGAAAGUGCUGUUCGUGUUUCUUCAAAGCUGUACAUCUCCAACUGUCACAUCGUUGCAAGGAGCUAACACAGAGUGUCGUUAUGGCUACCACUGACCACCAACUAAGAAUGAUGGAGAAGUUGCAGUCUACCUCUACAAAGGGAACGGAUUGCAAUUUAGAAGAGGACAAUUGUUUCUGCACAAUCAACCUGGGAUCUUCCAUUUAUAGGGUAAUCUUGUACUUCAGUGAGGGCAACCCUCUGGGUCCUCUUCUUCAGAAGAGAGUACGAGACAUAGACUACACCGUCUCGCUGUUCCACUCUCAAGAGAGGGUUGUCGAGGAGUGUCUACUCUCACGACACCCUGCCCUUAUUGUCAUGGAUACCGAGCACAAGCCAAUCGGUGGGCUCGGAUCUGUUGAACAACUCUCGAGGACCAUUCAUUCUAACAAGCUCCAUCACACGGUCAAACUUCUUCCAGUGGUCAAGAGCUACUCUGCCAUUCUGAGCACUGGCAUACCUUCGGGAGUGUCCAGAGUGCUGUCGGAGGAAGAUUGCCGUGGUGACCAGUUUCUACUGGCUCUCAAGUUAUGGGAGAAGAAUGAAGCAUUGCAGCAGAAAAAAUUAUUGUUAGGGAAUGUGCUAUUUGAGGCAGUGGAACAGAGCAGUGACGCUAUCCAGAUCACUGGACCUGACAGCUGCAUCAUGUUUGUCAAUCGGGCGUUUGCCGACAUCAGCGGCUAUUCCAGAGAAGAGGUGGUAGGCAAACCAGCCAUGGACAUACUGAGAACAAUUGACUCAAAAUCUGAUAAUGGCCCCAAGUUGGCGGUGAGUCAAAACCAGAGCUGGGACGGAGUGUGUUUGGGCAGAAGAAAGUCUGGCUCAAUUCUCCGACAGCACAUUAAGCUCAUACCAGUCAAGACCAAUGAAGGGCGUGCCAGUUUCCACAUCACCAUUCAGAGACUGCUCUCUUAUCACGACUCUGACCACUCCAGAAUAACCAGCCCAAGAACCAUGCAUGGUGACCGCCUCCAUGCAUUCAGCACUCGCCAAGCCUCCCUCGGCUCCAUUCCCAAUUUGGGGUCAAGACUGGAGAUACCCAUCACUAAGGCUGUUCAGGUGCUGUCCAUAGCUAGGGACAACACUAGCACUCCAGUUUAUGUCAAAGAAGCCUUGGAACAAGCCAUGGAGAUCUUGUGCAGUGCUGAGUUGUUUUCACCAGUGUCUGGGGGCAGGGGCAACUCUCAGAAGGACAUAGUCGCUGGACUGCUAAGUGGCGGGAGAUUCCCUGGGACUGGAAACGACAUUACAAGAGUGGCCCACCCACACAGUCACCUGGCUAGGAACCCACCCAUCACACCACCCCCUCCAGAGGUUGAAGAUGCUAUUCAGAAUCUAGACCGCUGGGAGUUCGAUAUCAUCAAUUUGGAGAAGCUCUCCUCAAAUGAGCCUUUGUACUAUGUUGGGAUAAGGGUGUUCAAGAACUUCAACGUGUGUGAGAUUCUGGAGGUGGAGGAGUCAGUGAUGGCUUCUUGGCUGAAGCUCAUGGAGUCCCAUUAUCAUAGACAGAAUGCCUACCACAACUCCACACAUGCUGCAGACGUGCUUCAGGCUACAGCCUACUUCAUCAAGAUCCUACAAGACUAUCUCGUCUCACAGGGGGACAUGCUAGAGAGAUUGGAGAUAGCUGCUCUGCUCAUCACAGCAGUCAUCCAUGACCUGGACCACCCAGGACGCACCAACCCUCACCUCUGCAACACCAAGCACCAUCUUGCCACACUAUACAAUGACAGCGCUGUAUUAGAGAACCACCACAUUGCGCUGAGCUUCAAGAUAACCGAGCAGUCCAAGGGACUCAACAUCUACCAAAACCUGGACAGUGUGACUUAUCGCAAUCUAAGGAGCUCAAUUAUUGACCUGGUUCUGGCUACGGAUAUGGCUAAGCACUUUGAACACCUGGCGAAGUUCAACAUGUACUCUGUGGAUGGUGAGACUGGCUCAUCAACGAGCCUCACGUCGAAGGACAACAGUCGUGAGAACAGAAUGGCCAUGAAGAGAGUCUUGGUCAAAUGUGCCGAUAUCUCCAAUCCCUGCCGACCCACUGAGCUGUGUCAGGAAUGGGCCACUAGGAUUUCAGAGGAGUACUUCAAUCAGACUGAUGAAGAGAGACGUAGGAACCUUCCCGUUGUGUUCCCUGACUUUGACAGGAAGACAUGCAUUUUACCAGUCACUCAGGUUAAAUUUAUUGACUUUUUUAUUUCUGGACUUUUCGACGCUUGGCACAAUUUCUGUCCCAUACCGCUGGUGAUGGACUACCUCAAGGCUAAUUAUGAAUUCUGGAACAACAAGUCUCCGUCUAAUGAAACGGCAGAUUAGCUGGACUUUCUGCAAUUAUGCCAACUCUGUUCACAUCUAUUGCUAUACUCUUAUUUUCUGGUUUCACAACAAUAACAAUACAGCAUGUUAGCAUUUCACAUCAGUUUUGUCACUGUACAUGUACAUACGCGAGACUCUAGAGUUUUAUUUUAGUCUGACAUAAUGUACGAAUCGAUAGUUUUGUGGUAUUAUGUACAUAUUAGUCUAGUUUUGCUUGACAAUGUAUUAAUCAUUAUUAUUUUUUCAUGCACUGCUAAUUUAUUUUAUUUCAAGCAAGUAUUGUUCAACGCUUAAUGUCUGACAAUAAUAUUGAGAAUUGAGAA